UGCAACAGAUUCCCUAAAUAUUGAACAGAGAGGGCUAGGGUUUACAUUUUCAGCUUUCCACUCUCUCUUUCUCUCUAUCUACAAUGGCGAAGAAGGACAAGGUGAAGAAGCGAAAGCUCAUAAAGAAACAACAACCAGAGACCAACAACAAGAUCGAGAAGAAGAAACUGAAGAAAAAGAUCGAAAAAACCAACAAAACCCUAGCAGCUGUCUCAAAGAAGGAGAAAGACAAGACUCCACAACAACAGACUCAUCCGCAGAUUCACUCCGACUCCGACUCCGACUCCGACUCCGACUCCGAAAUCGAGUCCGAAUCCGACAAAAUUCACAACCUCCUCGCUCCGUACUCCAAGGACCAACUCAUCGACUUCGUCGUCGACGCCGCCGUCAACGACGCCGCCCUAUCCUCCCGCAUCCGUGACGCCGCCGACCGCGACGUCUCUCACCGCAAAAUCUUCGUCUCCGGCCUCGGCUGGGACUCCACUCGCGAAACCCUAACCUCCGCCUUCGAUUCCUACGGCGAGAUCGAGGAUUGCAGUGUCAUCACCGAUCGAGUCACCGGAAAAGCCAAGGGCUAUGGCUUUGUUCUGUUCAAAACGAGACAAGGAGCAACCAAAGCCUUGAAGCAGCCGAGGAAGAAGAUCAAUAAUCGGAUGACUUCCAGCCAGUUGGCUUCGGUAGGGCCCAAUUCGUCUUCGGCCUCGGCCGCGUCGCAGAGCCACGACACGGCGGGCCGGAAGAUUUACGUGAGUAACGUUCAGCCUGACGCCGAUCCGGAGAAAUUGAGAGUGCUUUUCGCGAAAUUUGGGGAAAUUGAGACCGGUCCGGUAGGGUUUGAUAGGCAUACUGGUAAGUCUCGUGGAUUUGCUUUGUUUGUGUAUAAGACAAUUGAAGGGGCUAGAAAGGCUCUUCAAGAGCCUUACAAGAUGUUUGAGGGUCGCCAAUUGCAUUGCCAGAAGGCGGCUGAUGGGAAGAAUAAGGUGGUUGGGUCGCAGCCCGUGAUGACGGCAAUGCAGCCGGUGCAGUCGCCGGUUUUGGCGGCCGUGGCGCAGAAUUUGGCUUUGUUUAAUCAGCACCGGAGUUUGAAUCCAAUGUACGGUGGAUUGCUUGUGAAUCCCAAUGCUGGGAUGCUCAUGGCUGGGUCUGUGAAUCCAAUGGUGGGUUUGGGACAAGGGCUGCUUGGUUCGAGUCAGGUGAGUGGUGCUGGUGGGUUUGGUGCGAGUGCAUAUGGAACGAGUGCGCCGGUGAUGCAGGGUCUGCAGCAAGCGUACACAAGUUCACAUAUUGGACAGACGGCGCCGGCUAGGGCUCCUGGAACUAGUAGUGGGUCUUUCAGUGGGUACCCAUCAUAUAUUUGAUGAAGUGCAGCUGAGAUUGAGGACCUAUGUUCAUGCAGUUUUGGGAACAUUUAUCUAGGGACGUAUUCUGGGUCAACUGUAUGGUUGUGAAGUUUGACUCAUAAGCAGAACUUUUAAGUUUGUUUACUUUUCUUGUAGUUCUCAAUUUUAUGAUUUGGCCAAGCUUAACAAGAACUUUGUAGACAGAUUUCUAUCUUACAGUAUUACUUUCUGUACCCUUAAUGUAUUCAGUUUUCUAUCUUACAGUAUUACUUUCUGUACCCUUAAAGUAUUUGCUUUAAGAUGUUUUGAUAUAUACUUAAUUUUAGCCA